AUGCGUCCGGACAAUUCACGAAUGAAGGCGCUACGAACAUUGUAUGGUAUUUUCAUAGUCGUUGGUAUUGCAAUAUCAUGGGUCGGUUCGACACAAUUUGCGAAGAGUACAUAUACAAGUUCAUUUGAUGCGCCGUGGUUUGUAGUCUGGUUUUCAACAAUAUGGAUGUCGCUUUGUUUCCCUGUGAUCUCGCUUUGCUAUCGUCUCAUCAAAGGUUGGGGCUUUCGUACGAGUUUUACGAAGGCUCAAAAUGUUUUUGGUGAUCGAGGGCUAUGUCCGAUCACGUUACUAACGCGUUGUUUACCAUUUGUCAUAAUCUGGUGUGGAUGCAACUACAUGUACACACGAUCCUUGUACGUUUUAUCCGCAACCGAUGUCACUGCCUUAUUCAGUUCUACCCCUGCCUUUGUGUUUGUGCUCUCUCUUCUACUUCUGAAGGAUGAAUUAUUCUCAUGGCGACGUCUCCUAGCAACACUGAUCUCUAUAGGAGGUAUAGUAGUGAUUGCGUAUAGCAACGGUUUUACUGGAACGACAAUGAUUGGUGUCCUCCUCGCUGUGGGAUCUGCGGUACUGGCGGCAAUGUACAAGGUGACAUUCAAGUUAUUUAUCGGCAAUGGUGGUAUUGGGCAAGUCAGUCUUUUUCUCACUUGCCUUGGGUUAAUAAACCUGCUCUGUUUUUGGCCAAUACUGGAAAUAAUGCACUUUACUCAUUAUGAGCAUAUAAACUGGCACCAUAUACCAUGGUCGUAUCUUUGUGGCUCAGCUGCGCUUGGAUUAGCGUUUAACUUUCUAAUCAACUUCGGGAUAGCAUUCACAUUCCCUUUAUUCAUCUCUCUUGGGACGGUGCUGGGUAUACCACUAAACGCUGCCGUGGAUGCAGCCUGGCGAGCUGCCCCCUUCUCCUGGUUAAAGGGGACCGGUGCGGUUAUGAUUAUAGUUGGAUUUAUUUUGAUGUCAUUCCGCACCAAAGACGAAGGAUCUGAAGAAGAUUCAUCCACACCUCAAAUGAGUUCAGCUCUGUUUGUACACAACACAAAGAAACAACUGCUGGAAUCUUCUUGA